AUGUUGACUCGUUUGAUUAGUCGAUCAUUUUCUCGUUUAACUCAUUGUUGUUAUUUUUCAAAUUUAAUUAAUGAAGAAGAUGUAAAUGAUAAUAGUACUCAUUGUGUCAUAGCUGAUUCAUCAAAGUCGUUACCUCUUAUUAUUCCAACAGCAGGCGUACCGAUUCAUCUCUAUACACGUGAACUUGAAUCUCAAGCAUUAAAACAAUUGACGAUUUUAGCAGAAAGUGGUAUUGCUAAAGGAUUUGUUGCUGCUAUGGCUGAUGUUCAUGUUGGUGUUGGUGCUACUAUCGGAACUGUUUUUGCUUCUAUCACUCAUGUAUGCCCAUAUGCUGUUGGUGCUGAUAUCGGUUGUGGAAUGAUUGCCGCACCAAUUGAUGGUUUAACAUUUAAUAAUUUAAAAGAAAGAUGGAAAAAAGAAAUUCAACAAAAAAUUAAAACAGCAAUACCAACAGGAUUUGAUGCAAGAGUAAAAGCACAUAAAAAAGCUGAUCGAAUUAUUCGUGAUUUAGGUAAAUGUACGAAUUAUUUAAAAAAUGAAAUAUGUGAUAUAACAAAAAAACAAUUAGGUACACUUGGUUCAGGAAAUCAUUUUCUUGAAAUACUUUAUGAUGAAAAUGAACAAGUUUGGAUAAUGUUACAUAGUGGUUCACGUCGAAUUGGUAAAGAAACAUGCGAUUAUUAUCAUAGUGUAGCUGGUCGUCAAAUGUCAAAAUAUCGUUUACCUGUUAUUAAUGAAUUAAAAUAUUUAGAUAUUGAUUCAAUCGAAGGUCAAGAUUAUUUAAUAGAUAUGCGAUGGUGUUUAAAUUAUGCUGAACAAAAUCGUCGCAUAAUGUUAGAUGAACUUUGCUUAAUAGUAAAAUCAGUUACUGGAUAUGAAGUAGAUCUUAAACGUAUGGUUAAUAUUCAUCAUAAUUAUUGUCAACAAGAAAAUGUUUCUUUUGAUAAUUCUAAGGAAGAUUUAGUUUGGAUAACAAGAAAAGGUGCUACAAGUGCGCGAAAAGGUCAAUUAGGAAUUAUUCCUGGUUCAAUGGGUACUGGUUCAUUUAUAGUCGAAGGUUUAGGAAAUCCUUUAUCAUUUUAUUCAUGUUCUCAUGGUGCUGGUAGAAUAAUGUCAAGAACAAUGGCAAUGAAAACCAUUUCUCAACAAUCAUUUGAACAAGCUAUGAAAGGUAUUGUUAGUGAUACCAAUGAAAGAUUGAGAGAUGAAGCACCGCAAGCAUAUAAAGAUUUGACGACAGUAAUGAGUAACCAAGAAACAUUGGUGAAAAUUGUUCAUCAUCUUAAACCGCUUAUUAAUGGCAAAGGCAUAUCAGAAAAUAAUAUACGUUAUUCAAAGAAGAAAAACAAGAAAAGAUGA